AUGUGGGCAAGAGCAGAGGAAUUACGUCUUCUGUUCGAGCAGGAGCGUGCCCAGAAUGACCAACUUCAAACAGAGAUCCAACACUUAAGACAGCAAUUCGAACUGAGUCUGAUGGAAAAGGAUCGCUUAUAUCAAAGCAGAGAACGGGUUAGAUUCAUUUAUUAUUAUUAUUUAUUAUAA